AUGACCCACGCCAUAACAGGUGAGUAUAGUAUUGACAAUGUCUACAAAAGUUUCGAUAAUGUGAUUGACAAGUUCGAUCAUAAAUCAAUUCAUCUUUAUCAAUUUAUUUUUGCAUUUCGAGAACUAUCAAAGUUUUUUAAUCAUUUGAAUGUAGUAUUUUCAUUCGUUGCACAUGAUCUUGUUGAUAAAUUUAAUAUUAUUGAGAAUCUUUGUAAAAAUAAUCCUAAAGAUUAUCAAACUCUACAAACCAUGAUUGAAUAUGAAACGUCCAAAGAUGACAAAAUUGGAUGCGUUACACUCUUACGUUUACUAAGAGCUUUACAAUUUAUUUAUUUUUUCUUAAAACGCGCUAUCGUCACGCCGACGGGGUCAUCAUCAACAAAACAAGUUGCUUGGGAUGUAUACAAAGAAACUUUACAUAAACGACAUAAUAAAGCACUUCAAUUAAGUAUUUGGUUGGCAACAGCAACAAUACCUAAACGUGAAGUAUUGCAUGAAACUUUAUUACGUGGUGAAAUCGAGCCCAAUACGGCUGAUAAAUGUUUUCCGAUAAUUGAAAUUGUCUAUCGUAAUGUUUACAAAUUAUAUGAAGAUAAUGAUCUACUUGAAUUAGUGCCAUUGUGA